GUCGUUACCAACUGGGUGGAUGAGAGCCGCAAGAGCUUGGGCCUUAUAGUCUUCUCUGGGCGCGAAAAAGAACCCGUGCGAUUGGCUGACUUCUUCAUUUCGUUUAGGCCAAUGAGAAGCGUUUGUGCCGACCUGCACACGUCGAUUGGGCAAGACUCCGGAUGACAUCAUCAAAAUAGCACUGAAUCAGAAGUGUUCUUUUCUCAGCUUCAUUUGAAUAACGCCUUAUAAAAAGGGAAGUUACCGGCAGACUCGGUGCUACAGUUCCUGUGGUUGUUGUGUCAAGAUGCCCGAGCCAGUGAAGUCCGCGCCCGCCCCGAAGAAGGGCUCCAAGAAGGCCGUGACCAAGGCACAGAAGAAGGACGGCAAGAAGCGCAAGCGCAGCCGCAAGGAGAGCUACUCGGUGUACGUGUACAAGGUGCUGAAGCAGGUGCACCCCGACACGGGCAUCUCGUCCAAGGCCAUGGGCAUCAUGAACUCAUUCGUCAACGACAUCUUCGAGCGCAUCGCGAGCGAGGCGUCGCGCCUGGCGCAUUACAACAAGCGCUCGACCAUCACGUCCCGGGAGAUCCAGACGGCCGUGCGCCUGCUGCUGCCCGGGGAGCUGGCCAAGCACGCCGUGUCCGAGGGCACCAAGGCCGUCACCAAGUACACCAGCUCCAAUAUCCUGUGGAGCAAAUUCUAUUGUCUCCUUCCUUUAAAGUUGAGGAAAUUAAAAUGAUCCAACUGAAGCUGCAGUCUAAAUCCAGUCUUGUCUGAGGUGAGAUUGAACUGUGAAAUACCCUCCAAAAUAUCCUGCAAAGGGACUACUUACUACAUUAUAAAAUGAAUGUUUUAAAUUA